AUUAUAUCUUCUCGACUCGUUCACUAUCGGUGAACUACGGUAGCGACAGUCACCUACUAGUAUAGUUGACUAGUUGGACUUGUGAAUUAACGUCAGAGAUAAAGGCGAAUCUAUUUGGUUGUCAUUUCCACAUAUAACCAACGGUUGGUGGUCGUCAUUGAUGCAUAUUUUAGUCUUAACGGAGAGGACGUAUUUUCGUCUUAUUUCUCUUUACAUCCGCCAUUGACUGUUUGUAUCCAUUCGCCGUUGGUUUUUCUACUUCAAUGUGCUCAGGCAUCAUUCAGCGUUGCCAGGAGUGGCGGCACCGAUACCUGGUAGCUCAUUUGGGCAGCGAAGAUUAUUGCCAAGCUCAGCAUGAAAUGCAACUCGUCAUGAACCGAUAAAUAGUUUCAACCAAUUGCAAUCGCCAUCAGAACAUUGUGUGAAUCAAUCAGGAGACGCAAUCUGGCGUCACUGGGCCGAUUCGAAAGAUUCUUCCGGUCCGGUUUCCGGUUCCUCCGACGACGACCAUCAGCAGCCUUGAGGGCUGAAGGCUGGUGCACCAAGGGGCAACCACCAUAACAACCAUCAUAAUCGUUUGGAUCCUGUCGACACAUCAUCCACACUUGUCCGGAGGAAUCUCUAGUGACAGCAGCCCUCCCACAAGUUAGCACCGCAUUAGCAGUUUCCAUUUUUUUUUUUUUUUGGGCCGACUUGAUUGAUCGACCUUAGUGCCAUCAACCAAUUGUGAAACGUUGAGCAAUUCUUUUUGCAUAUUAAAGAAAGAAAAGAAACAGAUUUAUCUAUUUUUCUACGAAAAUAUUUUUGUCGAAUAAGUGUCCGUGUAAUAUCAGCUAUUCAGUGGUUUUUGUGCGACGGAAUGCAUCCAGAGCCCUGUUCUGUCGAUUCAGUGUACCCAAUCCAAUCUGGCUCGCGUUCUCACUAUCCCAACAAAAGGAGGGUGAAUGAAAUUUUGACCGACAAAGAAGGCGAUUGCAAGCCAGCGAUGAACACCAUGAGGCAGAAGAUUAUCCGACCAGCUCCUUCUGAAAUCUCCUACAAGGAAAUGCGCUUCCUCAUCACCGACCGUCCCACCGACCAGACUAUAACGAAUUUUAUUGAAGAAUUAAAAAAGCACAAUGUCAUGGAUGUAGUGCGAGUAUGCGAACCGACAUACAAAAUCGAAGAACUGCGUAAGGAAGGCAUCGAGGUAACGGAUUUGGUUUUCGAUGACGGCACUUUUCCUCCGUCAGAAAUUGUUGACCACUGGUUCGACCUUCUCCGGAGAAGAUUUGGUAGUGAUCCAUCAUCGUGUGUGGCCGUCCAUUGCGUGGCCGGUUUAGGAAGAGCGCCCGUUUUGGUGGCUUUAGCCCUAAUCGAACUUGGGAUGAAGUACGAGGAUGCCGUCGAACUAAUCCGAGAGAAACGUCGCGGUGCCAUCAAUUCUAAGCAACUAGCCUACCUAGAAAAGUAUCGUCCCAAAUCGCGUCUGAAAUUUCGCAAUGGACACGCAAAGAACGGUUGCUGCAUACAGUGAUCUGCCAAUGAACAUGAGUGACGUUAACGCUGGAAAUCGGUUUCUAUAUUUUAUGGCAAAGCCCAGUCAAUAUAUCGAUAAUCUUACUCGACACCAUGAAAUAAUGAAUGCGGUGUAUGCUAUACCCCCUUGCUUCUCUCCCCUCCCUCCCCCCUUAAAUUUAUGAACACUUACCUUUGCUUACUGUACGACAAUUAGUUAAUCUUCAGAGAUUCCCGGUUGUAUUUGUUUCAAAAUUCACGUUCGUGGAUUAGCACCUUUCAGUUUUGAAAAUGCACGAAAGGCUCUGCACGGGGUCUUUUGUCCUUAUUUUUGGGUGUAAUUCAACUUGAUUUUCUCUGUUUCUUCUAAUCGGGCUUUUUUUUUCUCUCUUUUCGUCUACACUCCCCCCAAAACGGUUGGCUCCGGCUGGCUCUUUUUUGGUCUGACUCUUCUUGUAAUGCUAUCUCUUUAUUCUUGCUCGACUUUUCUCCCUCCCCGAUGUAAUUUUUACAUUAGAUUUGUGGAUCUCUCGUCUCCAUUUUACGUUAUUUUCACACACUAUCAUUUCUUCUUCACACAAUGCUUACCAUCUUGAGUGAUCUAAUUGUUUUGCUUAGUAUCACUCUGUUUGGAUGUUCCCAUGAAAUAUAAUGAGUUGGAAGGCGCACGCCAGGCCGCGAAAA